AUGCCGGAUAUUCUUCGUUCAACUUCUUCAGGGGAGUUAUCUGCUGCAUCCGCGUCGAAGUCGGGCCAGUUUAGCGCUGAAAAACCCUCAACAGUGUUUAUGAACACCAACAGUAAAAAAGAAGAAUCGGCAACUAGCGGAGACAAAGAUGAAACUCACACCUCAGCAGCAACUGCUGCAUAUCCCCAACCAACCACUGCUGCUGCAGAGAGCAGAGGGGACUCAGAUUUUCCUCUGAGUGUUGAUAGCAAGCAUAAACCGCCAGAGACAGAAAACAGAGAACCAACAGAAAAUAAACAAGAUCUGCCUACAUAUCUGCAAAUGAAAAAGGAGCUCAGAGGAUCUAGCCAAGUGUACGGAAGCGCUGCAGGUGCCUGUACACCGCAGAGGCGCCGCGUUUCUGAAGGAGAUAUAUCUGCAGAUGCUGCAGAGAAGCAUUUUAAUGCAAAUGAAAUAGACAAUCAAACGGGUGAAGCCAGAAGAUUUCCCUCUCGGGUCUCUCAACUUAAAAGUUUCUUUGAAAGACAAAUCCACAACGCUCAUGCACGGGACCAGCAGCAGCAGCAGAAGCACGAGCAGCAGCAGCAGCAGCAGCACCGUCAGAAGCUGCAUCAGCAGCAGCAACAACAACAACAAAACGAAACACGGCAGCAGAAACAACCUCAAGAACGGGAACAGCAGAAGCAAGAGAAGCAACAGCAACAGCAGCAGCAGCAGCAGCACGAGCAGCUGCACGAGCAGCAGCAGCAGCAGGAGGGGGAGGAGCUCAGCAACUCUUUUAGUUUGAAUAAGUCUAAAGAAGUGAGAACAGCAUCAAGGAAGCUAACAGAAGCAAAGAAAAUGCAGUUAAGCAGCGUUGAUAUUGCAAUGCGGUAUGGAAAGCCCUACCGCCCGCGCUGUACAGACACCGCAGCAGAACAAGAAGAAACAUCUGCAGCAAACAAGGAGCAGCAGCAAGAGCAACAAACGAAUCUAAAUCCUGCUGCUGCUGCUGCUGCUGCUCUUGCUGCUGCUGCUGCUGCCGCUGCAAAGGAAAGGAUAUCAGCGUGCGAAUUUACAGCAAAGCGAUGUGUUGAUUUUUCUGUCUCUGAUGCUAGCAGCAGCAGCAGCAGCAGCGAGGAAGGGGCUUCAGGUGUACGUACAGCUGAAGCUUUACCAGAAGAUGCUGCAUUAUCUGCCUCUCGGCCCACAGAAGAAAAAACCCUUAUUGCUGCUUGUAGACAGCAACAGCAGCAGCAGCAACAAGAAGAAGAAGGAGAAGAAGAAGAAAAAAAAGAAGAAGAGACAUCUGAGGUGUCUGUACACCCCAAGUCAAUCAUUUGUUCGCACGCUUCUACAGAAAUUGAACGCCUCGUCGCUCUCGUCGCUGCCAAUGCAAAAAACUAUGGAAAGCCGCUACCGAGGCGACUGCUCACGAGACAAAGAACAGAAGAAAUGUAA